AUGCUUCGACGCUUUCUUCAUAGCCUACGGGGCGUGAAACUCCCACCCUCUCGCAUGAUUGUGAAGCUGGCAAUGCUUCUUGUGGUAGUUGCCGCUGCGGUUGUGCUCUACGUGCAGUCAGCAAAACUCGGGCACUACUCUAAGGUUUCAAAGUAUUCACCAGACCUGGAGGAAAUGGACGCUGUCAGGGGAGGCAACAACAAGCAUCCAUACAACUUCGUGGACGGGACUUCGCUGCUACAGCCCAUCAAGGGCAACAAGUUCUCGCCCCUAGAGCUCAUCCCCGGUUACGAUGCCGAAAUGAAGGAGAAGCGCAAGGCCUCGUGGGACUUCUUGGCCCGCAAGCACCGCUUCAAGACGUUCACAGAGCUCACGCCCAAGACGCAGUGCUACUUUUUCUUCCAAAAAAUGUACCAGCUAAACAACGCGUGGAGCAACAAUUACAACAGGUGGGGGUUUAUCAUAAACGAUGAAGAAGAAGAGCAGCUCUCGACCGUGGACGAUGCCACAAAGGAAGCCAUACACGAUAAGAAGAGAGCAGUCGACAUCGCCUUGGGCAUGGAGCGCAUGCGGAUGUACGAUACCUGUUUUGUGCUCGAUGAAAGCAUAAACGUCUCUGAACUCUUUAAAACUUUGCAGCAGUCUGACCCAAAUCUUUCGGGCUUUGAUCAGUGGGAUUUCGAGCGUCGUAUGUGGCCUAUGCUAAAGCCCUUUGACAAAAGCACAUUUGUGGACAUCAUGCCCAACUUAAUCAGCCCUAGCGGUGUUACCAUUGAGAAAGGGUACCUUCCGCCCUUGGACAGCACCCCUGACUAUAUCAACAAUGCGGUAAAGUACGAAUACAACGAGAAGCUGUCAUUUUUAGCAAACUGGAACAAAAUGAGUUCCAUCGUGUCUCGGCGUGGUCUUGUGCUAGGUUUCGGGGACCAACAACUGGAAAUGGCCUCAAAGUUUAUAGCCCAGUUGCGUUUUAUUGGUAACACUCUCCCAAUCCAAGUUGUGCACAAAGGUGACCUUUCUCGUGAGUCUAUUGACGCUCUGCUAAAGAUUGCUCAGUCUGAUAAACUCACUUUCCCGAAAACUGAGUACCCAAACGCACAGAACGUCAAGCAAGAACUGUGGUUUGUUGACAUGGGCCCCGUAUUGGACCCUGACGUUCUGAACUCGUUUUCGCGCUUCAAAAACAAAUGGCUGGCUCAAUCCUUCAACCUUUUUGAGGAAUAUGUCUUUAUGGAUAUCGAUGCGAUAAGUUACGUUGAUCUCAAUUACUACUUUGAAACGCAUGAGUACCGCCAGACAGGUACUUUAUUUUUCAGAGAUCGUUACCGGGGAGAACCGAUUAGCGAGAAGUGCCCCGCCAUGGCUGAAACUUUAUUUCCAAGCUUCCUGGAAAACUUCUAUUGGCAUCAUUAUGCCGCUGUUGAUCUCGACUACGUCGAGGAUCAGUGCGAUAAAUACUUGAGGCCACAUGAAAAAGUUGUUAAAAACUACUUUAUUGACAACAACCAGCACCAGAUGGAGUCAGGACUUGUGGUUGUUCACAAAACUUCGCAUUGUGUUGCAUUAAUGCUGUCGUUGAUGCUUCAUAUGACACCAGCACUUGGUGGGUGCAGUUAUGGUGACAAAGAGUUUUUCUGGUUAGGGUUUUACGCCGCAGGACAUGACUUUGCCUUUCACGGAGGAAGAGCUGGCACUGCAGGGACAAGAAAAGAAGAUGAAAAAGUGAAUAAAUACUUCCAGCAGAAAAAAUAUGAGAUUUGCAGUGUAACCAUAGCUCACAUGUCUGAGCAUGAAGGGGAGCUGUUAUGGGUUAACGGAGGAGCCCAGUCUUGCAAAUUCGACGAUGCCGAAAAGGACUGGAAAAAUGAAAAGCUUGGUAUGUCAACGAAGUUCUCAAGUUUGGAAGAGCUUCAGAGGGCCUAUCGUGAACCAAUAGAUAUUCAACAUGGCAUCAUACCCGCAGAAAAAUUCGAUGGCUGGGGGCAACCUGACGGGCGGUGCCAAGGUUACAUGCAUUGCGCCCGCUACGAAAAACACAUGAAGCCUUACUCUUUCAGCAAGCUGCACGAGAAGGGAACACUCAUCGAAUUCCAGCCUAAUAAAAAAGCAAGAUACAACGCAAUUAACGUGGUAUGGGUUGCAGACUAUCUAAGACAGGAUCUAUGA